GGUUUUAAAGAACAAUGGGGACAUCAUCGUACCUAACGAAGAUACGAAAUCACCGAACCAUUUAUGAUAUCAAAAAUAAAAAUAAAAAUAUCACGGAACCAUUUUCACUUUCACUGCACCAAACAACACAAGAUUGUGAGAGGAAACAUUGAACUAACCUCAAAACCAUGGCUAACAAAAACACAAAGGAGGUUGUGUGCGUCACCGGAGCCAACGGUUUCAUAGGGUCGUGGCUGGUUCGAACCCUCUUGGAAAACCCACGCUACACCACCAUCAACGCCACCGUCUUCCCCGGUUCCGACCACUCCCACCUCUUUACACUCCACCCUGACGCCAAAACCCGCGUCACCGUCUUCUACGCCGACAUUAUCGACGCCUCCGCCGUGUCCCGCGCCGUCGACGGCUGCUCCGGCGUAUUCCACGUGGCGUCCCCGUGUACACUCGAGGACCCCGCGGACCCACUCAAGGAGCUGGUGCAACCCGCGGUGCAGGGCACCCUGAACGUUCUAGAAGCCGCGAGGCGCGUCGGCGGCGUGAAGCGCGUGGUCCUCACCUCCUCGAUCUCCGCCAUGGUCCCGAACCCUAAAUGGCCGCAAGGCAAGGUGGUCGACGAGUCGUCGUGGACGGAUGUCGAGUACUGCAAGUCGCGGCGGAAGUGGUAUCCGGUGUCGAAGACGGAGGCGGAGAGGGCGGCGUGGGAGUUCAAGGGGAAGCACGGCGUGGACGUGGUGGCGAUUCACCCGGCGACGUGUCUGGGGCCGUUGCUGCAGCCGUCGCUGAAUGCUAGCUCCGCCGUGCUGCAGCGGUUGAUGAUGGGGUCAAUGGAGACACAGGAGUAUCAUUGGUUGGGUGGUGUGCAUGUUAAGGAUGUUGCUAAAGCUCAUGUUUUGCUUUAUGAGACUCCCACUGCUGCUGGCAGAUAUCUGUGUACUAAUGGUAUCUACCAGUUUUCUAGUUUUGCCAACACUGUCUCUGAAUUGUACCCUCAUUUCCCUAUUCACAGGUUUCCAGCGGAAACUCAACCUGGCCUUACACCAUGUAAAGAUGCAGCAAGGAGGCUAAUAGACUUGGGCCUUGUCUUCACACCAGUUGAAGAUGCUGUGAGAGAAGCAGCGGAGAGCCUUAUAGCUAAAGGCUUCCUGCAGCAAACGCCCUCACGGAAUUAGUAUUUAGAUUUCAUAUAAUUUUUCUCUUCAGGCAAAAUAAUCAUUGCUUUAAAUCUUAUCUUUGAUAUAUGGUGGAUGUAAUAAAAAUGUAAUUAUACUUUGUUUAUAUAGUAGAUUAACUUCUUACUUUUGUUGUACU